AUGGAUAUUCAUGAAAUUUUUGAAAUUCCUAAUGUAAGCGACAUAACUGGGGGAUGCAACCUUACUGGACAAGGACAUGGAUAUGCAGAUGAUGCAAUUGAUUUCCUUAAGGAGUUGUGUAGUACGGAUGAUAUGAUGUUUUGGAGGCACACAAUUAAAGAGGAUGGGACACUUCAACAUUUAUUUUGGUGCGAUGGGGUUAGCCGUAUGGACUACUUGGUGUUUGGAGAUGUUUUGGCAUUUGAUGCUACCUAUCGGAAAAUUAAGUACAACACACCGUUAGUUAUUUUUUCCGAUGUGAACCAUCAUAAUCAAAGUGUCAUAUUUGGUAGUGUGAUUGUUGGUGAUGAAACUGAGGAGACUUACGUGUGGCUGCUGCGACAAUUUCUCGAGGCAAUGGACGGGAAGGCACCUGUGUCAGUUAUAACUGACGGAGAUCUGUCAAUGAGAAAUGCAAUUAGAAGAGUAUUUCCAAAUGCUCAUCACCGUUUGUGCGUCUGGCACUUGGCAAGAAAUGCAACGAGCAAUAUCAAAAAUCCUAAAUUUGUCCCAAAGUUCAAACGGUGUAUGUUUGGUGAUUUUGAUAUCGAAGAGUUUGAAAGUAUGUGGGUGGAGUUGAUUGCAAAGUUUGGGUUGGAAAAUAAUAAGUGGAUUCAUGACCUGUAUAAGAAGCAGGAGCAAUGGUCAACUGCCCAUAUCCGUGGUAGAUUUUAUGCUGGUUUCAGAACAACCUCAAGGUGUGAAGAUCUACAUUCUGAAUUUGGAAAAUAUGUUACUGUCUUGUCAAAUUUGGUGGAUUUUUUACAACAUUUUAUGCGGUGGCUGAAUUAUGUUAGAUACAGAGAAAUUGAGGCAGACUAUGCAUCUUCUUUUGGUGAAACAGUUUUGCAAACUCAACACAAAAGUUUAGAGAAGUCAGCUUCAAAAAUUUAUACAAGGUCAGUGUUUAAGCAGUUUAGGCCUGUAUUGGAGAGAUCUAGUCGGUGCAAAGUCGAAGUUGAUGGGCGCAAUGGUUCCAUUUUUACCUAUAAUGUUUUCAAAUACCCUAGAAAUGAUAUUCAUUGGAUCGUGACAUUUUGCGAACAAUGGUUGAAAUUUAAAUGUUGUUGCAAAAGAUUGGAUACAUUUGGUAUUCCUUGUGAACAUAUCUUACGUGUUCUAGUGUAUUUGAACAUUGUUGAAAUGCCAAAAGGUCUUGUGAUGGAACGAUGGGUCAAACGUGCUAAAGAUUGA